CUCUCUCUGCCCGAAGUCGCGAACGCAAGCAAUCAUCACUGUACCAUGCAAUGGAACGAGCUCUCUCGCAGACUCUCGCUCCACCCCGUCGGAACAUGUACGAAAAAUAUCGGUCCUGGGCUCUGGGCUACACCUGUACCUCCCUGCAUCCUUCUCCCAAAGUCUUCCCUCUGGAACCGCCAUUCUAUAUAAAUAUCUGAGCGUGUGCAGACUUAUGUUCUGUCUCAAGCCCUCCUCGAGCCUAUACGCUCGUCUUCUUUCUCGACCCCCACCCCCACCCCCAGCCCCCCUCCCUCCCUCCCUCUUCCUUUCCCUUCUUCUUCUUCUCCUCCUCCUCCUCGCCCGGUCUUCUUCUUCUGUUCUCUUCUCCUGCUGCCCAACGAGCUGCUCCUUAAUCGCCAAUCAGCCCUCUGCCUGAGCGAGCGCUGCCGUCGCAUCGGGCGUGGCGGACGACGCGCAAAACCUCAACAGUCUUGACGAGCAGCAGCGACGAGGGACGACGGGACGACGGGCGAGAAUUCGUCGUCGGCACUGGAAGCACUGGCAGCGGGUGAUAGAGUCUAGACUAUUAUGAAAGGGCUCGCCUGCGCCGGCGACUGUGGGUGGCACUCGUAGAGUCUGGGAGAAGGAAAGGGGAUGAUGAUGGUCAGCAGGGCAUUCUCUCCGACACGAGAACAGAUUGGAGCGCGCCUGGAAUGACCUCGUAUAGAUCUGCAGCAGCCUUGACCGUCGUCGAGAACAGGCCGUCGUAGUCUCGCGAGCCAUAGCACAAUCAUGGUGCAACCGAUACAUUCGCCUUGCUGUGAAGUAAAGCGAGGCCUCAGAAAAGGACCCUGGACUCGCGAGGAGGAUAUCCGGUUGAAGGAGUACAUUACAAAGCAUGGACACAGCUGUUGGCGCACUCUUCCUAAAGCAGCAGGUUUACAGCGGUGCGGGAAGAGCUGUAGACUGAGGUGGAUCAACUACUUAAGGCCGGACUUGAAACGCGGCAACUUCCUCGACGAAGAAGAGCAGCUGAUCAUCACCUUGCAAUCGCUCCUCGGCAACAGAUGGUCGCUGAUCGCCGGGCGACUGCCGGGACGGACGGACAACGAGAUAAAAAAUCACUGGAACACGCAUCUGAAGAAGAAGCUCAAGAGCAUGGGCAUCGAUCCUUCGACGCAUCGCGCCGUCAUCCCGCUGCAAUCUCCCGGAGGCUCAAAGAAAACCAGUUCCACGUACUUGCACGCCCCUUCCGUUCACACUGGUGCUCAGAAUAAGGUGAUCAAGUUGAAAGCGCAGGCGCAGCAGAGGGCGCUGCCCGUCGCGGCCGAGGCCGAGCGCGCCCAGACGCAGCAGGUCGAGCCCGGCACCAGCCUCUACAAGGGCGAGCGCGUCAUCGAACUGCGCGACUCGAGCUCGUCGCGCUCGUCGGAGCCCGUGGUGGUGCGGGCGAAGAACGUCGCGGAGCUGGCGGCGCCGCAGGCCAAGCAGGCCGCCGUGAAGCUGGUGGAGUGCUCCGUGGCGCGCGACGGCGUCGGCGUCGGCGCGACCUCGGCGCCUUCGAGCAUGGCCGCAAAUCUCGGGCAUGCCAAGCCGGCCGCCGCUUGCUCGGCGGGGCCAUUCGCGCCCGGCCAUCGAUUCCUCGAGAGCUCGAAUUGGCCCUCGCCCUGCGAGCCCUUCGCGGCGCAUGUCGGCGGCUGCCUGGACUCGCCUCCGACGAGCAGCAGCGAGGAGAGCCAUCGGCAGCUGCUGGCGUCGCUGGAUCCGCUGGAGUACAGCUUCGACCAAGUGAGCUCGGGGGCGAGCCAUCACCAUCCCGGCGAUGGCGACAGAGUCGCUCUGCGGUUCGUGGACGGGGCGGCGCUGUCGAAUCUGCACAUUCCGCGCGCUGCGUGGGCCGAGACCUUCCUGCCCAUCCUCAGCAGCCCGUCCGGCAUGGAGAGCAGCUACUCGUCGCCCAGCGACUCUCCGGCCUCGUCCGAAGACGAGCCCAUGACCCAUUCUGCUCCGGAGUGGGUCAUGGCCGAGAGCCGCGAGAUGGAGGAGGCCGAGACCGCGAGCGUGGGGCUCCACGCGCACGAGCUCCAGGCCCCGCUGAGCCACAACUGGUCCCUGGCCGCGGGCAUUGCGCUGCACCUCGACGGCGACCUGCAGCUGCACGACGAUGCCGAAGCCUCGGACGUGCUGUGGAACUUCGAUCAUAUUUUGAUCCCGGAUCACAGUAUGCACAAUCUGCACAUGCACAGCCUGAGGUAGCUAGACGAGCAGCGCAGCCCCUCCGGAGUCGAGCGACGGUCCGACAGAUUCCCUGUGUAAAGAUAUUUUUGAGCUUCAAACACAGACGUAUACCGUGUAGUUUUAAGUGCUCUUACAAGUUUGUUUGCGGCGGGAGAAGACGAUCGAUCCACAAUCGGAUCUUAAUAUGAGGGGCUCCUGGCUGAGCUUGCAGUCGGACUUGCAUAGAACAUUCAUCCCGAAGGUGCAGGGAUCGAGCUUUUAGUAAUUAGACAAAUACUCUGAGACUGGUGGAUCAUGUUCAACUUGAUCGAUCAUCUUCAUACUCCAACACCAACCUUGUCAUAGUUUCCCUUUGUAACUUAGUUAAAAUCUCAUCAUCACCGAGCCCGGGCUUACAGCAAAGGUAGAGGAUUUGUGCACUGAAACCGCCAAGUGUGUCGGGUGCUUGAUUCCAGCUGCUGUUGAGCACACGUAUAGAAGGGGAGACCUGACAAGUUUGAAACUGAUAAUCACGGGCCCAGAUUCGCCCCAGGCCAGGCACCACUUGUUCAAUAUGACACUUCGAACCUGAAGACUUCGCAACUACAUCACUAUCACUCGCUCUCUCUAUUCUUCGUCCAUCGUGUUCAUGGUCAUCCAGAUCCUCUUCAUCUUAACGUCCGUAUGCAUGGAUUCGUGAUUUUUGCUGCACUUGUUCACGUGCGGUCAUUCCAAAGCUCCUCAAGGAUGCCUCUUCUUCUCCGUCUUAUUGCCCGUCAUUUUUGGCAUGAGCAUGGGAACUUGCAGGCGACUGCGAUCGAUAACUUAUUUCAGAACUCGAGGAAAAAGGUCGUGCUUGUGAGCCCGGAGACCUCGAAAUCGUGCGUCUGACAGCAGAUUCGAAUGCUGUCAGACGAUAGGGGGCGCGGUUUUGGAGCUCAUCGUAGUACAGGACAGUACAGGAGUGACUUAGAGAUAUGUUUGUACAAAGGAAAUGCAGAGCUCUGCAUGCGCAUUUACUUCUGCCUCGAAACUCUUCCACAGACAGAGCAGACGUCCAUCAUGUACAUAUCACCUUAUACUAGAAUAAGCUAGUUGCAAUCUAGAUAUUCGGAUUGCUUCUUCCUAUGUACGGGCUUCAUUAGCUUACGCUGG